GUUAAAAAAAAAAAGAUUCCAAUUGCCUCGUGUGAAAAGCAUCAACCACACCUUUGCAUACAGCGUUUUGGGCUUUCUUCUCGUAUCGGUUCCCGGUAGGGUUUUGCGAGCCUCGUCACUCAAUUCACCGAAAAAUGUCAAAUUUCUCCAAAAUCAGUCAUCCAGAGGUACUUUGGGCUCAACGUGCAGAUAAGGUUUACUUGACGCUUGCCCUAACGAAUGCAAAAGACAUUUCAGUUAAAUGUGAGCCCCAAGGCUCAUUUAACUUCUCUGCUGUUGGGCCAAAAGACGAAAACGUUGACUUCAGUUUGGAACUUUAUGGGAAAAUUCUACCAGAGAGCUGCAAAACCCAAAUGGGUUUGAGGAAUAUACUGUGCACUGUUCAGAAAGAGGAAAAAGGUUGGUGGAAACGCCUCUUGAAAUCUGAGGCAAAACCCGCUCCAUAUAUAAAGGUUGACUGGAACAGAUGGUGUGAUGAAGAUGAAGAACCAGAUAACGGUACUGAUGAUGAUGACUUGAAGUACACUAGUGAUGAUGAUGGGAGCGGUAGUGACGAUGGCAUGCUAUAUCUCCCUGACCUGGAAAAGGCGAUAAAGUAGAGAAGACAGAUUGCAGCUUACAAAGCAAGCCGAUGGUCAAAACUCAGCGCGUAUCAACCACUUUUUGUUGACUAAAUGGUAAGAGCCGUGGCUCCCUUUUGUAGCCUGAGCUUUAACUCGGCCCACUUUGUAAUGACUAGGGUCAUGUUCUUAGACUAUAUAUUAUAUUAUAAUAUUAUGGUUUAGUAGUUGGUACUAGUUUAUUACCGUCAUAACCAGACAUGGCGAUUAUGGUGUUAAGUCAAAAGUAAAUAAACAAACACGUAGUAGUAAAUGUGUGACAUCAAGGUCGCUUUUACUCGUGGUUGGUGAAAUCACUAAAAAGAUCCUUAACAACUUCAAA